UGAUAUCAGUUUGUGCUCGCUGUUCGGAGGAUUCGGUCUGAAAUGGAAGUAAUUUGAGGAUAACGUUGAUGUGAGAGUGUCUGGUGCAAUUCGAUGUGUAUUUCAGAUACGGAUAACUUUAGCGCGUCAUAAAACUCAAUGGCACUAUCCGUUCGUGGGUGAAAAUUGGGUUUCUUCCGUGCCUGUGCCCUCUAUAUGCUUGAGUACGUUUUCUUAUAUGGAAAUCUGUUUGUGUUCCCCUCGUGAUGUGAAUAAAAUCUUUUAUCCCAAUUGUGAAUCUUAAGAUUGCAAAGUGUCCAAAUUCGGUUUCGGUGCUCCUCUAUGCUGGGGAUGGACGUUAUGCUUUGGCCUAAUUUAUUUUUGUUGUUAAGUAACUCGUGACGUCAUGCUUCUUAAUUCGCAAAAUAGCCAGCUUCCUAUCUGCCGAGGAUAUCAUCGAGGAUAUCGCCGCCACCACUAUUACUCAGAGUCAUGCUUGUGGAUAACCUUACUAUGGAUUGCCGCCUCGAUUGCGCUUGUGCAAUGCAUAACAUCGUCAAUUCCACCGCCACAGAAGAGAGGAUCCGCUGACACAUCCAAAGACCAUUGCAAUAAAACGGUGGACAUAUAUGAGGAUAUUGCAUCGCCCGAGCUGACGAGCCUGAACCAGGGACGUCCGUUGACUUGUUGGUACCGUUUUCGUAGCCUUCGUGGUAUGCCUCGUGACUGGGUGCUGCGGAUACGCUUUAAGAAAUUUAAAGUAGGAACGCUGAUAAAUGCAACCCACUGUGAUGGUGGCUUUCUACAGAUAGUCGAUGGCAACACAAAAACAGAUGUUUCCAACAGACGUGAUCCUGGAAUGUUUUGUGGCGAAGCCGAACAGCCGCAAACAUUUAUAAGUGAAACAAGUUACGUCAAAGUUCUCUUCCACACGGAUAACUUUACGGAUCAGACAUAUUUCGCAUUCGACACGAGGGCAGAACAACAAAUGGAAGUUUAUUUGCGAUAUGGCCAGCAUCCGGAACUGUAUCCGAAUCGUCGUGGUGAAUUUGUUCAGGGAUCGUAUUGCGAACGAGAGUUUCGUGAUUGCCGCCUGCAAACCUGUUACGUACAAUCACCAGCCUAUCCAGGACUUUAUCCGAGAGCUUUAAAUUGUCGUUACAAACUCCAUACGAGACAGCCAUAUAUCAAACUUUAUCUGCAGAAUGAACAGUUUGCUGUUGAUGGUCAACGGUGUGAAAAUAUAAUGACCUGCCCGAUGAGACCAAUUGGUUCGGGGAAUGAGCAUUGCCCUUACGACUGGUUAGCGGUUUAUGACGGACGGGACGAGCAUUCCCCGCUUAUCGGAAAAUUUUGCGGAAUGGGAAAAUUCCCCUUUAGCAUAAUCGGUACCUCACAGUAUAUGUAUGUGGAGUUUGUGUCGUCGCCGGCGGGGCCUCUGCUAAAUACAGGAUUUCAUUUCAAUGUUGGCAAUUGGCCAGGUCAUGUAGAGGCGCCGGGUGUUAAGCAGGGUGUUUGCAAUUGGCUUUUGAGCUCCGAUGCUCUGAGGGAGUCGAGCUCUUCGGAAGGGAUAUUUUUGAGCAUAGCGCACUGGUAUCCACCGAAUACAUCCUGUAGCUAUCACGUGAAAGGACGAGAUGGAGAAAUUGUUAGACUUUAUUUUCCAAGUUUCCGUAUAAAUCGCAUAGAAGCGGCAGUGCUGAAAUACGAUGGCGACUGUGGUGAGUCCCUGACCAUAUACGAUUCAUCGAAACCAGAUCCUGCCAGAAUUAUUAAAACAUUCUGUGAUACAUUCUCGAGGCCUAUGGAAAAGGUGGACUUUGUCAGUACGAGUCCAUCACUAUAUGUUCGAUUCGAAAGCAAGACAGGAUCGUAUAGUGGAAGCUCAUUAUAUUACUGGGCGCACUACGACUUCUUCAAUAACACAAAAUUCGGCGACGCUGUUCCCAACACGCUGUGUGACGAGAUAUUCUAUGCAUGGAAGCAUCCAGGCGGAAAGAUACGUUCGCCGUUGAAUACUCUUAUUUUCAAGAGGACGGGCACGACGGACGUUCGUUGUCAGUACAAAUUUGUAACAGAUAGUCGCUUACACGCCAGAGCUGUUGUGGAGGUGACGUCGGUUUCGUUCAAAGAGGUACCCUACAAUGUGAAUGUUUGCACCCGAUGUCACGAAGAGCGCGUGGAUAAAUUGGUAAUUUGGGAAGAGAAGGAUCGGAUGCCGCACAAUUUGGCCUGUUUCUGCGACAACAUUCCACGCGCUGUGCGAGUUAUAUCGUCCAGUGACCAAAUGAACUUGGAGAUGAUUGUUCAGGGACAACAUGCUAUCACGAGCUACUUCAAGAAUCCGAAUCCAUUGUUCGAGGCCAAUUACGAGUUUGCCCAUGGGCCACUGUGUGGUCCUAUUUCGUUUGGGCCAUCCCCCGAGGGUGAGCUAAUAUUUCCGUACAGGAAAGCGCUGGGCAUGAUAAAUCAGAAUAACGGCGAACACAAGCGUGAGAAGUGCAUAUGGGAGUUGAAGGUGGCAGGUCAGCGAGAUUUAUGGUUGCACUUGGAAAAGGCACGGUUUAGCGAUAGAACGUGCCACAGCGGGAAAAUUGAAGUUUAUUUGGCCGGUAGACUGGAGCCUCGCUUCAUUGUUUGCCCGGAGAACGUAUCGUCAGCGCGAGACCUUCCUAUUUUAUCAGCGCGAGAAUUAGGAGCUUCCGGAAAUGACCACGAACCGCUCCCUGUCCUCAUUCAAUAUACAGGCGAUGGUCUGGCGGGCAGAAAUGCCUUCCGCCUGGUUUGGACAGAACUCUUUCAUCUUCCACGUAAUCCAGACGGAACGCUAGCAUCAUCAAUGUUGCAGGAUGGAGGCUGCGACUUCAAAUGUCCGGGCGACACAUCAAUUUGCAUACCCAAGCACCUGGUGUGUAAUGGGGUAAUGAAUUGCCCGAACGUCACCCACACUUCUACUCAGGACCAACUAUUGCAGUACGUCGAGGAAAACCUGCUUCGGCUCGGACUUGAUGUCGGAUUGAAGGACACGUUAACCAUUUUAACGGACGAAUCGCCGGAAAUUUGCAUGAAACCUUCGGACGAGAAAACACAUUUCGUUGAACUAUUGUUAAUUGUUGCCGGUUUAACGCUGGCCGUGGUCAUAUUUUUGGCCAUUAUGUGUAGGAUGUGCACCCGUAGACGCUGAAAUGUGCACAUGUACAGCCCCGUAAAGCCUUCAUCACUACCACUACCGAUAUUACAAUCAUCGAAUGUUGUUACUGUAUAGAGGAGAGUCGGGAACGCAAUGUUAUAUUUGGGGGAGGUUGAUAGUCCUGAGGUACAACGACGAAACAAUGGGAGCGACAGCGAGUAACUCGUUUCACAGAAAUAACGCACUCAAAAUGCAUUUCCGGUUACUAAGUUGACAUGCAUGUACGCAUAAAUCUCAUCCCGGACAGGAACAGAAGGACGCGCUCGUUGCUUUCGUUUGCGUCGUUGUGAUGGGUUUUAAAAUAAACGGGCAGACUCUAUUGACCACUAUAAUGUAAUUUGUUAAUUUUUAAGAGCAAAUUCAUAGAGACGUUAAGUCAGCAUGUUAAGAAUAAUUGUAGUGUUAAGGACAGGAAAAGGAGAUGUACUGAUAUGAUAUUAUAUGUAUGCACAAACUUGCAUUCCAGAACAACACACGAGUAUUUUGUACUCGGGCACAAAAUUAACGUAUUUUGUUAUGUAUCAAUUGGCACGAACUAGUAAGGCGACAUACAUUGUUUUGUAAUAAGAAGAGAAGCUAUAUUUGUGAAAAAUAAGACAACAUGGGAGAACUUCACAGUGCCAUUGAGGUUUAUGAGUUUUGGAUUAAAUAAUAUAUUAUGAAAUUUA